AAGUUUAACUAGAUGUCACUUGACUGCUGAAGUGUCGAUCCCAGGCAGCGUCGGCAGAGAGCAGCAAGUGCUCCCCUCCCUCCCUGUCUCCCUGCCUCCCUCCCUGUCUCCCUCCCUGUCUGUCUGCUUCAUGUGAUCCUGGUCCGUCACAGUGCUGGACAGGACAGGGACUAUUGAGAAGCUGCUGCUGCACUCCUGUUUGAGAUCGUUUCUCCCUCCAGAUGUCUCUGUACAGAAACGCUGUCUGGUUUUUGAAUGGGAUCCACAACUACACAAGGAAAGGAUAUGAGGCGGCAUCUGAAGACUUUGAGCCUCAGGACCUGAGCGUGUCCGUCGUGGGGAGGUCUUUUAUGAUCACCGGAGCCAACAGUGGAAUCGGCAGAGCCACAGCCAUGACUAUAGCCAAGAAAGGUGGGACUGUCCACAUGGUGUGCAGGAACAAAGAUAAAGCAGAGGAGGCCAGAGAGGACAUCAUCAAUCAGUCUGGGAAUACAGAGGUUCACGUCCAUAUUGUGGACUUGUCAGAGACACGCAAGGUGUGGGAGUUUGCAGAGGCCUUCAAGAAGCAGUAUCCAUCCCUGAACGUGUUGAUAAACAACGCCGGGUGUAUGGUGCACAAGAGAGAGCUGAACGCCGACGGGCUGGAGAAGAACUUCGCCACCAACACGAUGGGAGUGUACAUCCUCACCCAGACUCUCUUACCACUUCUGCAGAAGAGCCGGGAUCCCAGGGUGAUCACUGUGUCCUCAGGAGGCAUGCUGGUCCAGAAACUCAGAGUGGAUGACUUGCAGUCAGAGAAGGGCUACUUCGAUGGUGUCAUGGUCUACGCCCAGAACAAGAGGCAGCAGGUGGUGCUAACAGAACAGUGGGCCAAAGCAAACCCAAUCAUCCACUUCUCUGUGAUGCAUCCAGGCUGGGUGGACACACCAGCUGUUUCUAAGUCAAUGCCUCAGUUCCACCACAUGAUGGGCGAGAGGCUGCGCAGUGUGGAGCAAGGGGCCGACACCGUCGUGUGGUUGGCCUUGUCUCGAGCCGCUGCCAGAACUCGCAGCGGGCAGUUCUUUCAAGAUCGCAGGCCUGUUGCGGCCCACCUGCCUCUGGCCUGGACCUACAGCUCUGCAGAGGAGGUUCAGAGUUUCAUGAGUCAGCUGGAGACUCUGGCGUUCAGGGUCGUUCAGCCGCAGCCUGACGGAGAGCUCAACGGACCGUCCAGACCUCAGUUUGUCUGAACUGUGACGUAAAUGUCACACAGCAUGCCAUUCACCCAUUAAAGCAACAAUUACAAGAAUGAAAGUCU